AAACAUAUAAAUGAUUUUCCAGAUUAAAUCCGGUUUAUUAAAAAUUUGGGUUUAUCAGUUAUCUGAAAAGCACUUGGAAUUUUAUUGAUUUGCUUCAAAGAAAUUUAUUUUUUUGAUUUUUUUUCUUCCUUUUCUUUUCUUUUGAGAUGACUUUUCUUCGUGAACUUGGUAAAACUGGUGUAAAAAUCCCUGCAAUCGGUUUGGGAUGCAUGGGCAUGAGUGAAUUUUACGGUUCAGCUGAUGAACAGGAAAAUAUUAAAGAUAUGUAUGGAUCCGGAGCCAAUGAAAUCCUUCUUUCAAAAGUUCUUAAAGAACGUCGUAAUGAAGUUUUUCUUUGUACAAAGUUUGCAUUCUCUCGAGGACCAAAUGGCGAAUAUAAUAUAUCAGGCAAACCUGAAUAUGUUCGUCAAGCUUGCGAAAAUUCUUUAAGAAGAUUGGGAGUAAAUUAUAUCGAUCUUUAUUAUCAACAUCGUGUAGAUCCCAAUACACCAAUUGAAGACACUGUCGGCGCUUUAGCAGAACUUGUUAAAGAAGGAAAAAUCAAAUAUAUUGGUCUUUCUGAAUGUUCCGCAGAAAGUCUUCGACGUGCUUACAAAGUUCAUCCUAUUGCCGCAGUUCAAAUGGAAUAUAGUCCUUGGACUCUUGAUAUUGAGACAAAUGGAGUUUUGGAAGCUUGUCGUGAAUUAGGUGUUACUAUAGUAGCUUAUAGUCCACUCGGACGUGGCUUUCUAACAGGAAAAUAUAAAUCUCUUGAUGAUUUCGAACCUGAUGAUUUUAGAAGAGAUGUUCCACGUUUUCAAGGUGAAAAUUUCAAUAAAAAUUUGGAAAUUGUACAUAAAUUCGAUGAAUUUGGUAGUAAGAAAGGCGUAACUGCGGGUCAACUUUGUCUGGCUUGGGUUAUAGCUCAGGGUAAUGACUUUGUUACUAUACCUGGUACAAGAAAAAUCAAAUAUUUGGAAGAAAAUUUUGAAGCAAGAAAAAUUCAUCUUAGUUCUGAAGAAUUAUCAGAAAUUAGAAAAAUUAUUGAUUCUAUUGAAAUUAUUGGUACUAGAUAUAGUGAAGAUAGUAUGAAGUUUUGUCAAACAAAAAAACAGUUUUUGAAUGUUUAA